AUAAUUUUCUAUUUGAAAAAUUUACAAAACUAGUCACCCAUAGCCCUCUAUAAAAGUCACCCUCCUAAAAGGCGAUUUUAUUGGCUUGGCAGAUGGCUGUGGGCCCUUCCAUAACGGUUGGCCACUGAGGACGCCGAAAUUCUGCAGGCGGCCCCCUUCCGCUCUCGAGGACGAUUUUUUUACUAUGCGACUGCCUGCAAAAAUACCACCCCCUACCAUCCUUUAAGCAAGUGGCCCCUCGCAUUGGAAAAAAUCAUCCUCCUAAAGGGCGGUAAGGAGACCGCCUGCACAUUUUUGGCUCUUUUGGUGGCUGGCCGUUAUAGGAGGUUCAAUGGCUGUAUGCCACGUCGGCAAAAUCGCUCUUUGGGAGCGAUAGGCGACUAGUUUUGUAAAUUUUUUAUUUAUGUAAAUAUUUUAAUAAAAAAUUCACUUUUCCUUACCGGCAAAUGGGCCGCAUUUUUUAUGGGCCCGCAAGUUCGUGUCCGAAUCCGGUCCGGACUCCAACCCGGCCCAACGAGCAAGAGUUUCCGAUCGAUAGUGACGAAGGAUUAAUAAGUAGAAGAAGCUGAAGCAAGGAAAGGAAGAGGCCGGCGGAACACGUACGGCGACGUUGAUGGAGGACCUGCCGGACGACCUGUUGCUGGAAGUCCUCCGCCGCCUCCCGCCGAUCAGCCUCGCCGCGUCGCGCGUCGUCUGCAGCGCAUGGCGCGCCGCCGUCGACGCCAACCGCCUCCUGCGCGCGGACCUCCUCCCCCUCUCCGUCGCCGGCAUCGUCGUCAACCCCCUCUCCCUGGGCUCGCGCUUCCUCUGCCGCCCCAAUGCCGCGGCGACCAUCGCCGACGACCUCGACGACAUCCGCAACACGAGCAGAGGCAUCUUCAACCGCUUCGAUUUCCGAGUCAGCGACCACUGCAACGGCCUCUUCUUGGUCGACGACGACGUCCAGCACGUGGUUAACCCGGACACGAGGCAGUGGGCGCCAUUGCCGGGCUAUCCACCGCCGCAUCCGUGCUACCCGCACAAGCUCUUCUCCCCCACCAUCUGCCUCGUGUUCGAUCCCGCCGUAUCGCCUCACUUCGAGGUGUUGGUGAUUCCGCGGCUCCGCUCCGAAUUACGCAGGCCACGAGAAUGGCCGCCGUCGCCGUUCGUCCUGCGUGCUUUCUCGUCUAGGACGGGCGGCGAUCAAUGGGAGGAUAGGUCCUUCGUUCGGGAAGGCCCCCGGCCUACGUACAAAAGGCAGACUUGAGUUUCGGCGGCUACUAUCGCGUCAAACAACAGCAGUGUUGUGUCUAUUGCAAAGGAGCGCUCUAUGUGAAUUUUCAGGCUAACAAUUUCACUAUCAGGAUAUCACUAUCAAACGGGACUUACCGUGUGAUUCAAUCGGAGCCUAGCAUGUCGCUGAGAUAUAGGGAGAAACAUCCAGACCUUUAUCUUGGGAAAUCAGAAAAGGGGGUACAUUGUGCACGCGUUAGUUUCGACCAUCUUAUGGUGUUGUUCCUUAGUGAAUCGCAUGGUCAGAUGAAGUGGGUGUUGAAGCAUCGUAGCUGAAUUGCAUCCUUGCUACCUCGUCGCACCACCUACGAAGAACAGAGUGGCGAAUCAUGGAUCUUACAUGGUGCUAACUAUCAAGGAGAUUUUCACGCUGAUGCUGACGAUGUAUCAUGGAUGUUUAAUUGGGAAUGGCAGAGGGACUCUUAUGAUGACGAUGAUGAUCAUCAUGAGAGCAACCGCCAUGCCAAACAUGUUACUUUCUUAGGAUUCCAUCCUUUUGAUGAAGAGGUUGUGUUCCUCGGUGAAACUUUCAGAAGGGGAUUUGCCUAUAAUCUGAACAACUCAGAGAUCCAAGACCUGGGUAACUUGUGCCCAAAAUUCUAUGAUCUCACUUAUCACCAGGCGUUGAUACAAACGUCUUUUGUGUACACGCCUUGCUGGAUUGGAUUAGAGAGAGCUCUCUCUCUCUCUCUCUCUC